UCAAAGAUUGACUUGAUAAAAAGUAAACUACGUAUCAGCACGAUUUGAAUGUUCUUUGUUUAUUUAUAUAUUUUAUUUAUUUGAUUCUAUGUAGAAUCGUUUUAAAUCAUGAAGAAAGGUUAUAAAGUGACUGAUGUUAAACGAGAAAAGAAAAUUGGCGUGGCAGCUGAAAGUUUACACGAGUUGAUCGAGAAAUCACACAAAAAAUUAGAAUUCAAUGUCAGCUGCGGAGAAUGUAAUUUAUACGUGGCUGAAGAUGGGACGCUAGUUGACAAUGAUGAGUACCUAGCCACUCUGCCACCACAAACCGUCUUCAUUUUGCUAAAGGAUUCAGAAAAGAUGAUAACAGAUUUUGAUUAUUAUUACAAUAUGAUCCUGUCAACUAAGAAAGAGUACAUAGAUACAGGAGCAGCAGCCAAGCAGUUUUUAUCGACAAACAUCAAAGAGAAGUUCAAAGUCUUUCAAAAGUACAUUGCAGCUGCUGACGAUGCUAGAAUAGAGCUCAGCGAGAGAACACAAGAUCCAGCUUGGUUUGAAGGUCUAGAACCCUCUGAGAAAACAAAAGAGCAAUCAAUGUCUAAACGGGUCAAAGAACGAAUGCGUGGCUACUAUUACAAGACGAAAUCAGCACUGCAGUCUUCCGAAACAUAUGUGCAAUCCCGCAACGGACGCGGUAAGAAAAUUAUCGAUCAGUUUUUGUUAGAUCUGCGCAAACUACUUGAAUCGAACAAGUAUAACGAGGGCUAUUUCAAUCGUAAAGCAGACAAAAGCGUCCGACUGUGCAAUGCGACUGGUCUCUUUGAAUGCGGUGGCUUAUGGAACAAUAACAAAUGUGCCUAUGAAGGUGACCACAUUAUCAACCCAUACCGGAGCCGCGAGGAACGAAUCAUAUUCCAAACAUGGAAUUUGGAUCACAAAAUUGAACUCUCCCGUUCAAUAAUACCUAAAAUUCUGGAAGCCAUAGAAGUUUUGUAUAAGGGUGAUUUUAAAUGUACAGUGUGCUACAAAUACUCUAAACCGGGUAGCAUUGAUACAGAUAGGUAUUAUCUGCAAAUCUUUACAAAAAACAACCUCAAACUGGUUCACAUUGUAUGUCAUCAUAAGGGCAGGCACAGUGCUGCCUCUGACGUUUACACUGUCUGCAACAAUUGUAGCAGACAUACUAUUGAAUAUAUAUGAAUAUUUACAAAUGAUAGGUCUCUAUUUUUAUGCUGUAGGUAUAUAUGCUAUUAGGACAUCCUGUAAUGGGGGAAUAAUGUGAACUGAUCUGAGAUUAUUUUUAAUUAUUUACUUAAAAUGUUUACCAAAGAUAUGACAUAUUUCCAUUGUCCUGGAUUAGAUGGAAUACUAUUUUUGAUUGAUUUAUCAAGUAUGUGAGCUUAUUCUGAAAUUUCUAUUAAUGAAAUUUUUUGAAGAAUUAAUAUUUCUAAAUAUUGCCGAUAGCCAAAAGUAAGAUGACACAAAAAUUAAGAAACAAUUUUAUUAAAUUCAAAAUAAAGUAAUUGAGUUAAUGCUGAAUGAAUUUUUGUUAAAUGAAUUGUAGUUUAUGGAUAUUAAUAGAGAUAAAGCCUUUUGAAUGUAGUGAUUAUUUACAUAUUAAAAUAUUGUUAUUGUUUCAUAGCAUAGUUUUUUCUAUUCCUUAAUAUUUAUAUCCUUUCCCUUUGUACUAUAUUUAUUAAGGACAACAUGUUUUGUGACGUUAUAAUCAUUGUCUAACUUAAGCGGUUUUUAUUUCAUAAAUUUCAAUUAAUAUGAAAAUGUUCACAUCAAAUAGUUUCUUGUAAUAUUAGGUCUUUACCUACGAAAUUGCCGUUUUUAGUAUACACAGAAAUUUCCACUUAGUUUUUUAUUUAUAUCAAUCACAAGAUGCACUCUUGGUAUCGAUGUAUCUCUGCAAGCACGGUUGGUAUUUUUCAAUGCCCUUCAUGAAGAAGUCAGGUGUGUGGGAGCCAAUAAAUACUCUUUGAUGGCACUGUGAUGCCUUUCGGACACUUAAUUUUGCGUGCCCACGAGAUGUUCAAACUUUGCAUAAAGUAGAAAUCUGUGAGCGCAAGGUCUAAUGAGUACCUACGGAGGAGGACGCACAACAUCCAACCCUAGACACAGCAACUAAGCAAGCUGACUAAACAUUCGCGAGAUUCUCGAUCAUUAUGUCCAGUUCUUCGCAGUACACAUCCGGCACUAGACCACCAAACAGUGACCAUGACUUUUUUGGUGUCAGUUUUCAUUUGCGGCAUUGCCUAAGUACUGGACCAAAGUCUAACCAACAUGAUGAACUAUUUAUGAUUAUCAAAAAGAAUUCAUUUAUCACCGCAAGUGACCAUGCUGUUAAAAAAAAAAUCUUCGCUUCUGUCUGUUAAGCAAUGCACGGUAUACCUUAACGCGUUCGUCGCGCCGCUGGCAAUCGCUAAGUUUGUGCGGAAACAACUAUGUUUUUUACCUUGCCAAAUUAGAUGCAAAUGGACUAAUAUUGUUUAGAUGCUAAGGUUUUUUUUAUUGCUUAGUUGGGUGGACGAGCUCACAGCCCACCUGGUGUUAAGU